AUGAACACAAAAGAUCUCCACAGAAUUGUUGGUAUUUAUAAGAAGAAUGGCAAAUAUGAAACAGCUACGACUUUUUGUAAUAAAAAGUUAGUUGAACAACGAGCAAAUUUACCAGAAAAUCAUCCUCGAAUUGGACAUACAUUGAAAACCAUCGGUGAUGUCUACAGUGAAACGAAUGGUAGUCAAGCACUUGAAUACUAUCGUGAAGCACUAACAAUAUUUGAAAAUUGUAUACCAUCUGACCAGAAAGCUAUAAUUGAUUGUUUAGAACAUAUUAGUAAUUUAUACUAUAACCAAGGUUUUUAUAAUGAUGUAUUAAAAUGUCGAACUCAUGCACCAGAUAUACAACAAAUACUUUGUACAUUUCAAAAUCCAAUUAUUGGAUUAUCGUUAGAAUGGCGUGGUGGAAUUUAUUCUGAUAUGAAAAAUUAUUCACAGGCACUUGAAUAUUUCAAGAGAACACUUGCAAUUUAUCAGGCAAAUUACAUUGCUGAAUAUAAGAGGAUUAAAGACAUCCAACAGUUCAUCAUUGAAACAGAAAACAAAUUAAAUGAAACAAUUGAAUCUAUAUAUUAA